GUAAAAGAGUGAAAGAAGGAGCUUCGCUGUUAAAGUGCACAGCACAGCAGCCCGUCGGUGGUGCUCAGCAGUGGUGGAGCAGCACCGGACUCGGAGAGGUGGAGCGACUGUGGACGUCCGCACUGAAGUCCGCCAUCCCUAAUCUGGAGCAGGACGUGUGGGAGCCCGUGUCAGACCUCCCUGCGGCCUCAGCACCGAGACCAUCAGACAGAGAUGACACGGGGUGGACGUGGUGCAGUCUUGGCGAAGAAGUGGGCCCCUUUCCUUCUCCAGCCACGGACGUUCACACCUCAAAGGAACCGCUGUGCCCUGCAGAUUCCGGUCCAGGUUCCACUGAAAAUGGGACUGUGCUGAUGGAACACGAGCAGAGGCGUGACCUCUUCCCCAGGCCUGGUGGUCUCGCGCUGCGUCUGGGAAAUGAGCAGCCACAGGAGCCUACUUCUUCAUGGGAGACGACAGGAGGGAGCGUCUCGGCAGACAGGCCCCGGCCCCAAGUAGAGCCGGCCGGCGCCUCGUUAGCUGCCACUGGGAACGAGAGAAUCGCGGACCAGGACAGCGCGGUUGGGGCUGAUGGGAGUUCGAGAGGGGGCGAUAGCUUGGAAAGCUGCCCCAUGUGCUUGAUGAGGUUCCCUGCUGGGUUCAGCCAGAUGGACUGCGACAGCCACCUCGCCAAAUGCUUGUCAGAAAUGAAUGAGGACAUAACGUGGUGAUCCAGGAAUAACACCCUUGUGUCGCAGUCCUCUCUGCUUGGCUACAGCCUGAUUUCUCGAGCCUCAGCGCAAGAAAAGCUCUGGGUUCAGUGGUCCACAAUCUAGGUUCAUUCCUGCUACUCUUUGAUCUGUACCUACGGAGCCGUGUGGGCCAGCAGUAAUGUUUCUCUGCAGGACGAGCGCCGCAGGCGCUACUGUGGUCAAGGGACGAGUCCCAGGAGAAGCUUUGCUGCCUUUCCUGGAAGAUACACACUUAAAUGGCGGGGGUUUAUGCCAUCAUAAGACAAUAUGCUUAAGUACUUGGAGCAAAUUUUGUGUGCAGGGCAUCUAUGUUGUCCUUAGAAAUCAGGAAGCUUCAUUGUGGUUUGUGUGGGUGCCCUGACCUUCUACUGACUAGUCUUAGCGCAUUUGCAGAGGCCUUGGAACCACUAGUCACUUCCUCCCCACCAGCCUCAGGCGUUCUUUUUCUCUUCUUCCUCCGCUACC